AUGACCGUUUCUCGAGCUCUGGGCGAUGAGGUCGCUGAAGACGACAAAGGAGCACAAGGUCUCUGGGUGCAGGGCGGGUGUGGGGGCGAAGAGUCAAGCUCUGUCGCUGUCGCUGUCGUCGCUGCUGUUGUCGUCGCCGUCGCCGUCGUCGUCGUCGUUCCCUCUGCUCUCGUUGCAGUACGCGACGACAGCGACAGCGACAGCGACAGCGACAACAACGACAACGACAACGACAACGACGACAUCAACAACAACAACAACAUCAACGACAACGACAACAACGACAACGACAACGACAACAACAACAACAACAACAUCAACAACAACAACAUCAACAACAACAACAUCAACAACAACAACAUCAACAACAUCAACAACAUCAACAACAUCAACAACAUCAACAACAUCAACAACAACAACAUCAACAACAUCAACAACAUCAACAACAAUGGAGAUGAAACAUCUGGUCAAUCGUGCAAGGCCUUACUCGUCACCCAUCGCUCCCGCUCCCACAUGGAUCCUCACCACGUCGACCAGAUCUUCCAACAACUCGAGACCGAGUUGAACCGUCUCGGGUCUCAUGCAGGACCAGGCGAUGACCAUGGCCGUGCUACUCGGACGGUGGCAAGUCCGGACCAAGGCGGCACGGCCGGGACGGAUAGGGAUACGGACAGCGCGAGGACAGAAGCUUCAGAUCAAGUUGGAAAGGCGAAACGACGAGCCAAACCAGAGUCGGUAGUGAGGAUGAACGGACGGAAUGAUCACGCCGCUCAGGCCAUGGUGCUCGACGAAUUCUCCCUUAGGACAGAGAGGUUCAUGGCCGAAUGUAAAUCCAUCUUGACUCGUCUCGACCUCCAUCGUCCGUCCCCUCCCGAGUCGACCGACGGAAAGCAAGACGAAGAGACAGAGACGGACCUUGCGAGCGUUCUCGUAGAGUAUAUGAAAAAGGUUGAAGAACACGUCCCGAUCCUGAUGCAACGUACAUCUUCACGAUCCCACCGAGGUCCUCUCAUCUCUCCUCCUCCACUGGUCGAUGAGAAGAAAACGGAGACACGCACGGGCGAGAACGGACAUGGGACGUACGCUCACCGUCACACAGACUUUCGGGCGCCCUCUUCCAACACGGCCCAACGUCGUAAGAGCUGGCACAAACGGGGUGGAUUACGUCACGCCAUCCCAUUCGCCUUUGUCCUUCACGCCUUCCCAAAGUUACGGCAAAUCGCUAGGCGGCUCAUGCUCCCUCACGAGCUCGACGACAAGCCCGAGAUUGACCUGGGGAAUCUCGUUCGACAAUUAGAAUACGUCCUACAUGCGUGUUCCCUUCCCAAGAACGAGUUUGACGAGUGGAAAGCGAAUAUGAUCAGAGAGUGUGAGGACGGUUGGUUUAUGGAUCCGAUCAAACCUGUCUCUUUGGGUUUUUUGGACGAUCGCGGGCAAGCAAAAGACAGUGACAGUGAGCAGCAGCAGCAGGAAGAGGAGGAAGAGGACGAUUGGGUAUAUCUUGAGUUGGUCGGAUUCAAACGUUGGGACAAAUUGGUAGUAAAGGAUAAAACCAAAAAGAAAUUCCCUACUCAUGGAAGACGUGAGAACAAGUACAAGUACGAAAAGGGUAAGCAGGGAAAAAUCGACAAGGAUAAACGAAAAGGAAAACGAAAAUGGAGGGGGAUGGUGGAAGGGAUGAGCCAAGAGUCGGAUUGGUCGGUUUCAGAUGAUCCCACCAGCUCAAUCAUCAUCACAGAUGAUACUCGAGAGGAGACGGAAGAUGAGGAACGGAUUCAUUGGUCAGAAGACCGCUCGACGUCUGAGGGAUCGGACGAGGAUGAGGAUGGCGAGGUGGAAUGGAGCAAAGCCAAGAAGAGCAAGAGGGAGCGGGAGAGGAGGAAAACAUACAACACGGGGAAGAGGACAAAAACGUAA